CCUAAAAAAAACCAAGCUGCCCAAUUAAUGUUCAACACGUACGGUCAGCCAAACGCGCGCGUCCGUGGAAAACGUGCGGUAACCGAGCCGUAAAAACCCUGGCGCGUCGAUCGUGCAAGGCCUCCUGACCCGGGUAUAUAUAGGAACCUGCAACGCUUCUUGCUGUCCUCACCACUUCACUCAGUCGCCUUCUUCCUCGCUCGCCAAACCCAGCCUAGCGAAUUGAGCAGCGUUGGUAGCUAGGCAAGCGAGACCGGCGGCCGGCGGGAGGAGAGAUCGAUCAUCGGAUCCAUGGCGUUCAUGCGGUACCGCGCGCUGCCGCAGCAGGGGGAGCCGACGGUGGAGGAGUUCCGGGCGUGGCUGGCGCAGUUCGACGCCGACCGCGACGGCCGGAUCAGCCGGGAGGAGCUGCAGCAGGCGCUGCGGAGCCUCAACGUGUGGUUCGCGUGGUGGAAGGCGCGGGACGGGGUGCGCGCCGCCGACGGCGACGGCGACGGCGGCGUGGCCGGGGACGACGAGGUCGCCCGCCUCUUCGCCUUCGCGCAGAGGCACCUCCACGUCAAGAUCAACCAGCUCGGGUACUACUGAGCGCUGACGACCUCAGGCGACGGCGACGGCGAUCGUCGGCGGCGUGAGUGUACUUGUAUGGAUGGAUGUGCAUGCUGUUACUUCUGCUUCGUUUCCUUUUUUUUUUCUUUUGGACCCUGGUGGAUGCCUUGUUCAAUUGUUAUAAAUGGUGUACGCUUUUUUUUCUCUUUUUGCGUUUUGGCAAUGUUUUGUGUGGUAACUGUGUUGACACGAUUGUACACUCGUACUCAUAUGUUUUCCAGCAUCGGAACUUUGUUGAGGAAUGGUUACAAUGCAAACAUGCAUGGAUGCCAUGCCAUGCCAUGCCGUGUUCA